AUGUCGGCCUUGUACCGACUACUGUACCUCCCUGCGUCUCGCAGGUCGUACUCUUCAUAUUUCUCUUCCAAGUCCGGUGGAGGCCGCUACUUCAAUUCCGCUAAAUCACCGAAGAAUGCUGUAGUCCCUGCGAAGAACAACACCAAGACUGACUCGCCCGCUGAAGUCACUCAAGACUCCGUUCAGAGCACUGCGACUCGUCCCAAUGCCGUCGUCUCUAGCUCGAUAGCGGAAAGCAAGUCUUCACCGACGAAUGCGUCAACCUCGACCUCGGCGCCCAGCACCUCUGAGAACACGACCAACGCGGCCUCUCAACCUUCCGACCUGGCCAAUGCUUUCUCGGAAUUUACCAACAACCAUAUCCCCCAGGUUUCUAUAAGCUCUAAGGAUUUCAAGAUGCACCAAUUUUUCUCUCUUCAUAGACCCUUACUCCUUAUCUCUCAACCAACUUCUAUCUUCCGCCAAGUACCGGCUAACUACCCUCUCUUCAGCGCGCUGCAGCCUGAAGUUGAGCAUCCUCCUGCGCCAAAGUAUGGCCUUGGAACGACGAAGGAUCUCUUCAUUGAUCCUGAUGCAGAGGCUGCACGCCAGCUUACGCGCGCUUUGACCCUGAGCAAAGCCGGUGCAACACUUGCAUGGGAGAAGACUAUGAAGCACCUCGGAUUAGAUGUCUCCAAGGACGCAGAUCGGAUCAAUCUUCAACAGCAGUUCGACAAAGAGUGGGAGGAAGUUCUACUGGACAGCACAAAGAGGAAGAGGCGAAAGAAGAUGAAGAAGCAUAAGCUAAGGAAGCGCAGAAGAGCAACACGCGCUGAGCGAUUAAGGUUGAAGUAA